AUGCACUCCAAGACCGCUGUCUUGCUCGCCCUCCUCGGAGGCGCAACGGCCCAACAGGCUGCCUGGGGCCAGUGCGGAGGUACCGGCUGGGGCGGACCCUAUACUUGCGUCUCCGGUUACACCUGCCAGGUCCAGAAUGAGUGGUACUCGCAGUGUGUUCCUGGCAGCGGCGGCAGCCCGCCACCGUCGACACCACCACCACCGCCGCCGCCGCCCACCGGCGGCAACACCUGCGGCACCGCUGCCAUUAACCAGCUCGUCGGAUUCGGCGCCGGAACUACGGGUGGUGGUAGCGGCAACGGCGUCACCGUCACCAACUGCAGCCAGUUCCGCUCCGCCGUGGCCAACCGCGGUGUCAUCCGCGUCUCCGGCAUCCUGAACGGUUGCGGUCAUGUCGACAUUCUCUCCGACACCAGCAUCAUCGGCGUGGGUGCCAACUCCGGCUUCAGCAACUCCAGCUUGCGAAUCCGCAGGAACAACAACGUCAUCAUCCGCAACAUCCGCAUGAAGACCCCUGAUUCUGGCGGUGACCUCAUCGAGCUCGACACCGCCACUCGGGUCUGGGUCGACCACUGCGAUCUCUCCAACGACGGUAUCGUCGGAGACAAGGACCGCUACGACGGUCUCUUUGACAUGAAGGCCGGCUCUGACCUGGUCACCGUCUCCUGGACCAAGUUGCACGACCACUGGAAGGGAUCGCUCGUCGGCCAUUCCGACAACAACGGCGACCAGGACCGCGGCAAGCUGCGCGUCACCUACCACCACAACCACUUCUACAACGUCAACUCGCGCCUGCCCUCCAUGCGCUUCGGCACCCUCCACGUCUACAGCUCCUGCUACGAGAACAACCCGGCCUCCGGCGUCAACUCGCGCAUGGGCGCCCAGACCCUCGUCGAGCAGUCGCACUUCGUCAACACCCGCCGCGCCAUCGUCACCAACCUCGACAGCGCCCAGGCCGGUUUCGCCACCUCGCGCAACAACAUCUUCCAGAACAGCGACACUGCCAUCACGCAGACCAGCAACUUCUCUCCCCCUUAUGGCUACACUACCGACCCUGCCUCGUGCGUCUGCGACCUCGUCAAGUCUCGGGCCGGCACCGGUGUCAUUGCCUAA